AUGGAGUCCCUGGGGCCGCCUUUCGUCCACGUUUGGACGGCCCUCAUCAAGGCAGUGGGCAUGGACCUGCAGACGGGCGCGGACGUGAAAACGAUGUUCGAAAAGUACUGGCGGGAGGUGGUCCUGCGGGUGCAGGUGAUCGAGCUGCUCGGCCAGGUGCGACGUUGCCGGGUGCGCACCACGCGCAAGCAGGAAUCGAAGGGCGAGAAGCUGCGCUUGACCUUCGGUGUGGACCACAGGCGCUGCGACCAGGAGGCGCCCCUGAUCAAGUAUUUCAACAAGGCUGGCCGGCUGAAGUAUGGACCAGACCCGCGGGGAUCUCUGGAGAGAGACGCGGCGAAGAUGUUGGAGCAGCUCGUGUCAUAA